AUGACUCGUAUUAAACGUCCUUUAUUUGGUGGUGCUAUUCAAGCUUUUUUACCUGAUGGAGCAAUUGAUGCAAGUUCAAUUCGACUUGUUCCAAAUAAUCAAGAAGUAUUUAUGCAUGCUGAAUCAGAUCAAAGUAUAAUUGUUGAAAUUCUUGAACGAGUUGAUGAAGUAUCUGAUGAAAAUUCUAUUAAAUAUCAUUUUGAUGCAUUAGCUGAAGCAAAUGAUGCUAAAAGUGUCCAAGAUCAUAUUGUUGAUAGAAUCGAACCAAUUCCAAUCAAUACACUUAUUGUUCAACGAUUAACUUCAGCUUGGUAUCUAUUUGGUCGACAACAAGUAUCAAAAUAUCAUGAACAAGCAAAAAAUCUAGUUCACAUUCAUGUUUGUCUUCUUCGUUUGGGUGGUGAUCUUGCAACAGAUAUUCUUAUUUCAUUCAAUGAUCCAGUUUUUAUUAAUCAACAAAGUAGUAGCAAUGAUCAACAAAAUCAAAAUGCUUCACGAUGGACAUUACAAGAUUUUGAACAAUUUUUUCGUUCAUUAGAAAUCAUCGAUUAUGGUAUUCUAUGUUAUAAACAUAGUGCAUGUACAACAAAAGAAUCUUGUAUAAUUGAUGCAAACAAAUAUCAAUGUUCAAAUUCUGAAACAUUUUGUGUUAAAAAUAAUAUUUUUUUUGAUGUAUCUGAACGUGGUUGUGGUGAUAGUUUCACUUGCAAUGCAAGUAUUACAAUUCCUGGACGUUAUUGUUGUAAUACAGAUUAUUGUAAUCAUGCAAUUUCAUCUAUUCAAAUAAAUCGAUCAAUUUUAUUUAUAUCUACCUUAAUCAGUUUUUUUCUACAUUAUUUGCAAGGAAGAUUCUAUUCCAUGCGCCAUAAACAUUCAUCAUCAAGUGAAAAAAUAGUUAGUAUGUCGUUUGAACAAUUACCCGAUGAAGUUUUAUUGAUUAUCUGUUCAUAUUUGAGUCCAUUUCAUAUAAUUAAAACAUUUAAUGAUUUAAAUUAUCGAUUAAAUUGUACAAUAAGUCAAUAUCGACAAAAUAUUGAUUUACGUUGUUUAAAUUUACGUCAAUUUUAUUUCUUUUGUAAAAUGAUACGAUUUAGUUUUGGUAAUAAUGUACGUUCAAUUAUUCUUUCAAAUGCAGCACCAGCUGUAAGACAGCUUAUUUUAUUUCGAAAACAAAUUGAACCAUUUACGCAUAUAUUACCAAAUUUAGAACGAUUAACACUUAUGGAUCAUUAUGAUGAUGAAUUAGAUCUUUAUUUGCCUUUAAUUUCUAUUUUAAAAAAUCUUAAAGAAUUAAAAAUAAAUUUUAUCAAAAAUAAGAAUGAAACAAUAUUAUGUACUUUUAUUACUCAAAUGUUAACAGAUAAUUUUAUCUAUUUUGAUCAUAUUCCAAAACGUCGAAAACGUGAUGCAUUAGCAUUAGAAAAGCUUUCAUUAACUGGAACUGGAUAUUUAAAAUUAACACCAGUGUAUAAUGAAACAAUUACACAUUUAACAAUUGAAAUUGAAAAUACUGAUGAUCUUCUCAUAAUUUUCACUGGUUUUGAUUGUCUACAAUAUUUAAAUGUUUAUUUGAAACAAUUAACAGCAUUGUCGACAAAUCUUUGCAAUGUUUUAUCUAAUCAACGAAAAAUUCAAUGUUUAUCACUGAUCGAUUUUCGUUUUCAAGCCAGAUGGCAUCCUGAACUAUUAUCAUUUAAUCAAUUUAUAUCCAUACUACACAAUAUACCAAAUAUUCAGAAUUUCUCAUGUACAUUAAAGUUCGAAACGAAUCAAAAAGAACUUGCUAAUUCUGAUUAUAUUAACAUAGAAAAAUGGCGUAAUUUAUGUAUUGAAUUUUAUAAUCUUAUUAAUUUAGAUUGUUCGAUUAAAUCUAUUAUAAAUUCAUCGAAUGGUACUGAAACUGAUUUUGUACGAAUUAUUGCAAAUAUUUCUCGCACUUCCGAUCGAUCAAUUAAUAUUCAUCUUUAUUAUAACAAUGAAAAUCCUAAUCAUAUGAAAAAUGACUCUACUUUGGAGCUGGAUAUUCAAGAACUACGUAAUAUGACUGGAUCACAAUUGGCAAGCAAACUUAAGUAUAGUCAAGAAAUAACUUUAUAUAAUGAUUUAUUUAUCGAUGAUGAUAAAAUAUUUUCAACAUUUCCUGAAUCAUUAUGUUUUCCCGAUCAUAAUAUCUUUUCACAUAUACGAAGUCUUGAUCUAUUAGGAGAAUUUCUAAAUAUGAAUAAUAUAUUUUUAAUUACAUUUGUUGAACAACUUAUUCGUCGAUCUCCAAAUCUUCAAUCAAUUGGAUUUUUUCUUUAUUGGGUAGAAAAUAUGACUGAUUUAGUUCUUGAUUUUCUUCGACCACUUAAAAAAUAUUUAAAACAAAUUAAAAAAUGUUAUUUAUAUACAGAAGGUGACAUUGAUGAAAAAUUUAUUUCUGAACUCGCACAUUUAUUUCCAUCAUUAACUUUAUUGUCAAUAAAAGUUGAUUGGUAUUGUAAUACUACUGAAGUUGUAAAUUUAUGUCUUGUAUAUAUGAAACAUUUAAAUCAUCUUGAAAUGGUAUUAGAAGAUAUUCCAGAUUAUUUAGAUGAAGAUUAUAUUGAUCGUAUAAAAAUGGAAAAAGAAAUUGAAUCUUUAGCAAUGACACGUGAUAUACAAGAAUGGUUAAAACGAAAUACACUUUUAGGAAAAAUAUCAUCAAAUAAAGUAUUUCGUGCGGAAAAAACUGGAAAUGACUUAAAAAUUUGGCUUUAA